CUCUCUGCACACAGAUGCUCUGGGACUGCCCACUUUGAUUGUUUGAGUACAUGAGAAUCUUAGAUCACCAGUGAAGAAUAGUCUGUUAGCACGAGGCUUUUCUUUUGAGUCGGAAGAUCUGAAAAUGCUCACUUGUGUCAGUAUGAAGAACACACAGUCAUCUGGUGCGUGUUGUCGCUUGACAUAGAGACAAAGGGAGCAGGACGGAGAGAAAUACCUUCAAGAUGGAUACACUCGUACAAGCUGUCAACUGAACCCAACAUGCUUUUUGAAAUGUCAUCGCUGAUAUUUGUGCAGUUCCUUCUCUUUGGAUUAAGGGUCGUUGAGUCCACUGCAGAUACAUGGAAACACUGUACAGAUUCACUCCCUCUGGAUCUUCUGUCCUUUGUCCUCGAGAGGGACACCUCCAAACUUGUGCCCGGGGUGCAAAUGAAGCAGUCUGGAGGGGUGAGGGGUGUCCAUUUCUUAAGUCCUCAUACCUCCAUGAGCUUUCCCUCCUCAAAGGUGCUGGUGAACUGCAACCUUUUUCCCAAAGAAUUCUCCAUUGUUGUGACGUUAAAAGUCACUCGCAGUGCAGCCAAGAGAAAUGAAUACAUCUUUUCCUUGACACAGCCAAACAAAGUGGAGAAAAGAGGGGUGGGGGACAAGGAAGAGGAGAAUGAUAAAGGGAACAUUUCGGAGAGGAACAAAGAGAAGGAGACGGGAUGGCAGGCGAAGAGUAAUGAGGAGCGUGGACAGCUCAUCCUGGGACUGAGGCUCUCGAAAAAACGUCUGCACUUCCUUUUCAGAGGUCACGAAGGGGUUGUGGAGCACUGGGGGUUUCGAGACGCCCGACUGGCUGAUAACCAGUGGCACACUCUAGUUUUAACCAUUGGUGGUCAUCACGUUAGGCUCACAGUGGACUGUAACUCACCCCUGGAAAUUGUUCCCUCCAGGCCUUUCCCCUCAAGUCUCAACUUUCAGGAGUCGAGAUUCCACAUUGGCAGUCGGGGGAGAUGGAAAGGCUUGUAUUCCGGCCUUUUGAGACAGCUGGUUUUGGUGCCAGGUUCGGAUGCCACCCACCUCAUCUGCCCCUCUUCCAAACCACAGCUAGCAGCUCUUUCAGUGCCACCGCUUCUCUCAGACCUGCCUGUUAAGGGGAGGGAGGGUGAUGGCUCCAUGACCUCCUAUGAAACAGAUGAGCGAGUGUCAGUGGGGUCGGAGCGGUUGUGCUCAGAGCUAGUACAAGGCCAGCUGUGGUUCAACCCGCUUCGGAAAGGCCUCUACUUCUGUGAUGGCACUAUGUGGAUUUCUGUGCUAGAAGAUCAUAAACGACUGGAUUAUGUGUUGGAACACCAGGUCCUCACCACCAGCUCGGAGACACAUGAUGUAGAGGUAUUUCAGGUACCUGGCAUGGGUCUGAUGGCAGCGAUGGCUCAUCGGUCACCAGCCUCUGGCUCCGCUGUAUAUCUGUGGAGCCACACAGGUUUCCAGCCCUACCAGAAUAUUAGCACAUAUGGAGCUCUGGCUUGGAGACACUUCAGCAUAGGCAAGAAGAUAUUUCUGGUGGUGUCUAACUCUGGCAGAGGGCCAGACAAGCAGUUUAACAAGGAGUCAGACAUGGAUGUCUCUGUGAUUUACAAGUGGAGCAGAAAAAGAAAACAGUUUGUGCAGUUCCAGACCCUGCAGACCCACUGUGCACGGGACUGGGAGGCUUUUAACAUCAACCGACAAACCUAUCUUGCUGUGGCCAAUCACAGACAAGGUAAUAAUAAUCACACUAUAGACAGUGUGAUAUACAAAUGGAACAGGUUAACAAAGUCUUUCAAGGUUCACCAGAUGCUGCCAACCUCAGGGGCCUACGACUGGGAGUUCUUCACAGUCGGACCGUACCAUUUCCUGGUGGUCGCAAACGCCUUUGAUGGAGUGACCACUUCUGUAGACUCAGUCAUCUACCUUUGGGUAAAUGGAAGCUUCCAGGUGUUCCAGACAAUCAAGACGUUCUGCGCCACAGACUGGGAAAUGUUUCAGAUUGGCAGUAGAGUCUUCUUAGUUGUUGCCAACGGACACAGACUCUAUGUGAACGGACCCAGUCAAUACGCCAUCAACUCCACUAUCUACGAACUGGACAUGAAUGGACAACUGUUUGUCCGCUUUCAGGAUAUUGUCACCUAUAGUGCAGUGGACUGGGAAUUCUUCAGCCUCGGGGAGGAAUACUUUCUGGUUGUCGCUAAUUCCUUUAACGGAGAAUCCUACUCUCUCAACAGCAUUAUCUACAGGUGGCAGGGAUAUGAAGGCUUUGUUCCUGUUCAUUGGCUCCCAACAAUUGGGUGCAGUGACUGGGAGUUUUUCAGCUCUGAAGGGGAAUCGUAUCUGAUCUACUCCAGUGCCAGGGCACCUCUUUCCAAAAUCUUCAAGCUGAAAACCUACUAGGAAAGAAAAGAGUGUGUAUGUGGUUUUGUGUACUGUAUUUAUUUUUCUGUACAUGAUGUUCUUCUUUGUGAGUGUAUUUAUGUUCCUUUAUGAAAAAAUGUUUGCAAUAAUGUUUGGAAAGUAUGAGUAUGUCUCAGCAAAUGUGCCUUUGUAAUACCGUGGCAAUGCAAAAUUUACAUACUGCAAACCAUUAAAGUAAUGUUUUUAAGGGUUUUAACAACCAGAAGAGGAUUUCACAUUCAACAAUUAGCCUGCAUAGGAACUGCUCUUGGUGGAUUUUGAAGAAUAAUUUAGAUAUUUCUUAGAGCAAAGUCAUUUAAAUUUGACAGUUUAAGACUACAAUCAUUGAAUGAAACGGAUAAAUGUUAAAAUCAUGUGGUAUUCCUUCACAGGAAUUAAGUUAUUCUGGUGUUUUGAAACUGCGUUUAAACCAUCACACAGGGAGAUAAAUUGGAAAAAUUCAAAUUUGCUUUGUGGAAACUAAGAAGAAAUUUCCUAGAGGUUCAGGCUGGGGCAAGUUUGUAUAAUGACCAUAUCUGCACCCCAGUAUGCCAACAGAGCUAAGUUAACAACUGAUGUACCUCAAUUUAACACAAAUAUAGCAUAUAACAUGGAUAAGAUUUUUAUGAGAAUAUGUAUAUUUGCAUUCAUCAUCCGACAGAAAUGAAUGCAGUGCAAGAGUUCUAUCUUUAUGCGAAUAAACAUUUAAUAUUAAUGAUAUUUAACAUUUUGUUUUUUCAGUGGAAUAUGUGUUUUCACAUUGAUUGAUUGACUGAUGACUAGUUGUUUGCCUCAGACUACAUGAAUUAUCAAUAAAAAGUGACAGUAAAUUAUUGAAAUAACAAUAAAUCUGACUUAAUUUGUUUAUUUGCAAGAUAAGAGUUGUUUGUGCAUUGGCUAACUUCAGCUAUGCUCACUUAGAGCUUUUUGCGUUGACCACAAAAAUGGUAAACAUA